AUGUACGGUUGUUUAUUGCAUCACGAUAGCUGUGCACAGCCUGCUAACUAUUUUAUUCACAGACAUGCUUACUUCUUGUUGGUCGCUUUCUGGACCGAGGAGACCAUAGAGAACGUCAUCAAGCCCUUUGGAUUCACGUUCAUCACAAUCCUGGCUCACUUGUGCUCCGCGUAUGCCACUCAUUUCUGGGACCCCAUGGGAUCACUCCACCUCCCACUCGAGUCACUUCACAUUGCACCCGACACGAUGUCGCUUGAUAUUCUAGACAACUCCUGUGUUUCAGUGGACACUCAAAAACAUACUCUGUACCCUACAUGUACUGGGACAUCUGUGAUAGGAAUUAAAUACGCAGACGGCGUUAUUAUGGCCGCAGACACUUUGGUCUCGUAUGGAUCACUUGCGCGCUACAUGGGUAUCGAACGCGUUGUUAAAGUAGUGCUCGGUUUCAGUGGUGAUGUCGCUGACUAUCAACUACUCAAGAAGCGGAUUGAUGAACAGACACAUAUGGAUGGCCUUUUGGCGGAUGGCUUCACGCUUAGCCCCAAAGGUCUUCACUCCUGGAUAACGCGUGUUUUAUAUAACAGAAGGAGCAAGAUGAAUCCGUUAUGGAACACCUACCUCGUUGGGGGCCUGGAAAAUGAUGGAAAACCCUAUUUGGGUUUUUGUAACUUACUUGGAGUAUCUUUCACAGGUGAUUGUAUAGCCACCGGAUUUGGGACAUAUUUGGUUACUCCACUACUGCGCCAACGCCUGGAUGAUCUUGCUGGAGGGGAUCCAAACAAUCUAACCGAGGCGCACGCCGUUCAAGCUGUCACAGAUGCCAUGCGUCAGCUAUACUUCCGCGACUGUCGGGCGUUUAAUCAAUACCACAUGACCUUUGUUCGACCGGACGGUGUAGAUAUUCAAGGCCCCUUAAAAUUGGAAUGCGAUUGGACCAUAGCGGAAUACGUGGCUGGCUACGAAUAA